UUUAUACGACAUUUGGUGUUGCAAACAGCGAUGUGCUUAUUCCUUGUGAACUGUGUGAUGUGAAGUGUAAUUGUGCCCUUUUUACGUGGAUAUUCAUGAAAAUUAAUUAACAAUUAAAGUGCGGAAAGGUUGAAAGAUGCAGAAACCAUCUGGGCCAAACACUCUGAUCCACCUCUUGCACCGCGAAAGUGGGAAAAAUACUCGACUUUCCUUCCGUCAGCAUCUCUUUGGAGAACGCCUCAAAGUGGCCAAUAAUCUCUACCGGAAAGACUUGGUCUCACACACAGGAUGUGUCAAUGCAAUUGAAUUCUCCCGCGAUGGGGAGUACAUGGCAUCAGGUGGAGAUGACAGAAAUAUCCUUCUGUGGCACCUGGAGACCGCCCUAGCAGAGAAACAGAAGCCCUGCCGUAUGAAGAGUCAGCACCUCAGCAAUAUCUUCUGUCUUGGCUUUAAUAGCAACAACACCAGAAUCUUCUCUGGGGGUAAUGAUGAUACCGUGAUUGUACACGAUGUCUCAAGUGGUGAAACAAUCGAUGUCUUCACACACACAAAGCCCGUUUAUGGGUUGUCAAUAGACUCAACAAAUGAGCAAAUUUUCGCCACUGCCUGCGAGGAUGGGAAACUGCUGAUAUUCGAUCUGAGAUUGAGUACCGAAGUCCUCAAUGUGGCCAAAUGCCGUGCCCCCUUUCAUGCUGUAAUGUUCCAUCCGUUGGAUGGAAGUUUUCUCGUGAGCGGCAAUGCCAAGGAAGGUGCCUCCCUUUGGGAUUUGCGUCGUCCGAAAACACCAACAAUCCGCUAUGGGUUCCGUGAGGAUACAUCCCAGAGCUGCAUGAGUGUUCGCUUCAAUACCCUUGGGAAUCACAUACUCGCUCUAAGGCGACGCCUUCCACCAAUUCUAUACAACACCCUUUCCCCGGAUCCCAUUUGCCAAUUCUACCAUCCCGACUACUACAACUCCUGCACCAUGAAAAGUUGUACUUUUGCCGGAGAAAUGGAUGAGUACGUACUAUCGGGAUCGGAUGAUUUUAACCUCUACAUGUGGCGUAUUGGGGAUGCUGAUUGCACAAAAACAGAUCAAUGGGUGGACACAAAUCAGGUGGUUCUCUACGGGCAUCGUUCUAUUGUCAAUCAAGUUCGCUACAAUUCGCAAAAGUGCAUGAUUGCAUCAUCGGGUGUGGAGAAGGUUGUAAAGAUUUGGAUGCCAUUCCCUACAGAGCACUGGGAUGGGGGACUUGUGGAAAGACCACUUGGUCCUGAAAAUCCCCGUCGUAUCUACACGCACGAUGAGUAUCUCUCAAUGGUGCACAUUGGUGGUCAAAGCUUGGCACAGGAUUACAAUAAUCAGAGCACCGUGGAGGAUCCCCGGAUGAUGGCAUUCUUCGAUUCACUCGUUCAGCAGGAGAUUGAGGGAUGGAACAGCACAGACAGUUCAGAUUCACAUCAACAGACCGAGUACAGCUACAACAGCUCACGCCCAACAUCAUCGCAAUCAUCUGACAGUGAGUCCGUGCACUACUUCUCGCAGCGUGAUCUCUACCGGCACCGUAUGGCCAACAAUCCGAGUAAGCCACAGCGAUCCAUCUACCUCAAUCGCAUUGCAUACUUGAUCUCCACAAAGAGGAAUACCCUAAAGAGAUUGGCCCUCAAGGGUGCCGUCAAUCACACACCAAAUCGCGUGAAAAUGGGUAAACUCUCUGGGCGCAAAGUCAAAAGGUCAGGCUUUAGGGGUACGCGAAAAGCUUCAUCCACAAAGAGAGUAGCAACACGUCAUGGUACGAAGACAGCGUACAGACGUCGUUGCACAGAUCAAAGUACAGACACAGAAGUGCCCAAGAAAGUGCCGACAAAGAGGCGAGUUCAGACAUUUCAUCACAACCCACACUUCCGUCUCACAUUCCGUCGGAAAGGCAAAUCCACAAAUCCAGCCACGAAGCCUUCUGAUACAAGCUCCGAUGAGAAUUCAAGUGGAAAUUGUUUUGGAGCCCCAAGGAAUGCGUGUAAUUUGCCCACCACAGCCACAACAACAACGACCAACCCUAAUGGCGUGAAUACGUGUGAUAAUGCAGCCGAUAUUCCCAGCACAAGUACGGGCAUCACAUCAAACGGGAAGGGUUUACUCUUCCGUCUUGCUCAGCAAUCUAUGGACUCAGAUGAUGACGAUGACGACGAUCACCUGCCAAGGAUGCAAAAUGGAGUAUCCAAUGGACGCUGCGGGCCUGCAGAAGUGAGCGGCCGGCGACCGAUGUACCACAAUACGGAUAUCUAUUCGAGCCAUUCAAAUUCACGCCUAUCCAAUAGUAGCUGCCACAAUGAUGAUUCCACCAGCAAUGAUAGUUUCCUCGAUCACUCGGCCAGCACUACAAAGCAGAAUAAGUGGAAAUGUGCAUCACAGACCCCCAAGACACCGCUGGAAAAGACAGAGUUGACAAAUACACCCGAUAGUGGGAUAGCCUCUGUCCUCACAGCUGGUGAGACUUCUCAGUAUCAAUGCAAUUCAUCCGGUGCCGGAGGAUCAUCGAUGCCACCAUCGACGUCCUCCGGAUCGGCAGGGCAGCAGCAGACUGAAAAUGGUACAAGCAGUAUCGGUGGUGAGGCCGAAGAAGAAAUUGCCGUAUCAUAUAAAAUCUUUCAGCAGAAAGUAGCUCGAGUACGACGGAACUAUCGGCAUCACUUUGGCGAUGAAUCCAAUAGCGAUUGAAGUGAGGGAAGUUUGUCUGUUUAUUUUUUUUUAUUGUCUGUGUGGGAGGAAUUAUCCCAUUUCCAAGCGACAUCCAAUCGAUAUAAAUGAGAGGAAGUAAGUUAAGAAAAGUAAUCUACAAUGGAUUGAGCAACAAUAUCCCCCCUCCCUUAAUAUGAAUUUUGCUUAUGACACUGUCUUAUGUAUAAGGAUAAAUGAUAAAUGAAAAUUAUUGAGUGAUUA